AAGCGAUGAUUUUAUUUCUGUUAAUGGUGUUGCAUUACGUCGCAAUGGAUCCGUCAACGGUUACUCCUGUGACGGAAACGAGCACUGAACUUACUACGACGACACCUGUCAGUAGUUCUACUAUGGCGUCCGUUACAAGCACUCAGACUCCCAUUAACCAUACAAGUUUCGACGGCGACGUUGACACUUGCACCUGUAAUUUACAUAGGAAUAUCUGCGAUUUGAACUGUUGCUGCGACAAAGACUGCAGUUUAGAGGACAAGAAUGUAUUCAGCCAUUGCGUACGUGAGAUAAACGUAAUGCGCUACACGUCGUUCUGUCGGUACACCGAUUACAUUUACAUCAACAACACACCGUACGAAUGGGAGGUGAACCAAAAUGGUUUGUUUUGCAUCGUGAAGACGAAUUUGCCGUCGAAGCGUGCCGUGCAAACGCACCAGGCAAUUACGUCCCUGGAACAGUCCACGCUGCACAAACGCGACAAAUACUCGUGGCCCGAUAUCGAAGCAGAUCGGACCGAAUUGACUUCCUUCGCAAACGAGAGCUUCGUGUACGGCUCUCCGAUUUGGAUUUUGAAAAAUCAGGUGCUACAAAAAUUCGAACUUGCCGACAGUUUCAUGACGAACGCAUGCGUGAUUAAGCGCGACAUUAAAUACUUGGAAAACUUCAGAAGCGUCUGCAUCCAGACAAAUCUAAGCGAAGGUAACAUCCAUCUGCAAAUCGAAACUUAUUUUCAGAACAUCUCCGUAAUUAAGGCUCCUCAGUUUUUCAACGUAAGCGAAAUAUCGAGUUGUCCCAAGAAUGUUUGUCUUCCAAUCGAGGUGAAGGAAUGCAGAGAAAAUUGCGCGCCACUUUCCCCACAAACAGCGACCACCUGCCAGUUUUACUCCACCCAGUUCAACUGUAGCAAUCUUGCGCAUAAGAUAAUAUACAACUUGUACCACAACGGCACGUACGGCCUUACCACGGUCGAGUUACUGCUCCACCUGAAGGACCUCGUGCACGCUCCCGAUCACCGCUUCGAAUUCGAGCAGGAAUUCCAAGUGAACUUCUUUUGGCGCGACAGCACUGCGAACUACUCGCAAUUGUUGAGCGGCAAUCCCGGAUACUUGCUCGGCAAACCUGUCCUCGUCGGGACCGUAAAUGGGAGUCGCAUCGAGCGUAAUUCCAGCGUGUUCCGAGAGAAUUUCUUGACGUUUCCCGCGAGCAGGAGUGGCCUGUGCGUUUUAAACGACGACGUUCACGUGGUCUCGGAGUUUGGAUGCAGCAUGCUCUUGAGAUGCGGAGUGAGGCGAGAAAUCGACGCCGGAAAUUCAACCGCGACCGAGCUGUGCAGGCGAAUCCAAACUGCGAUUUUCGAAUUUUGGCCCCUCUCGAGUAACUUGAGUGCGAUUAACAGAGCCUUUGGUGCGUUUGGUAACGCCAACGAGACGGUGGCUGAAUGGGUAGAGGCGCUGUCGGCCGAAUCUCCCGAGGCCAUCUUGAAUGCGACCUAUGGCAAUUUCACGGGGGACGCCAAUGACACUUUGAUUUGCGGGAAUGUGACGGCAACACUAAAGGUUGACGUGUUUCACGCGCGGGUUGCGUACAGAAGUUUGAUGCGUCAGAGACGAAUCGUCGGGGUUACCUACAGUUUCGGCGCGAGGAAACGGGCGACGUUCACGAUCAGAGGCGGGGUUUUGGAGUGGAACGUUUUGAUUAGGGAGGAACUGAUGUUCUUUGACGUUACCUCGAAACACGUGGAGAAAUUCGCGGAUCCGCCGUCGUUUAAAAUCCGCCUACCUUACGACUUCUUUUAUCCGUUUGUUAAGGUGGACAAUAGCGGCGGCGUGCCGCGUUUGUGUUAUCUGGUCAUUUCAUUUAGUAUCAUAGGUUUACUUAUGCCGAUACGACUUUCAUUGUGAAUUUCAUUUUAUACUUUUUAUGUGUGAUAAAUUUAACCUAAAAUAAUCUGCUUCCUACUAAUUCUUAAUUUGUAUCAAAAUAUACAAGAAAAACCUCGCACUACAAGGAUCGAUUAUCACACAUACUAAA